AUGACCGACGCUCCCCGUCAGUCUUCUUCUUCAUCGUCCUCGUUCUUUCGUCGUCCCUCUUUUGUUCAGCCGUUUCAGGCACUCUACUUCCUCAUGAUUCAACGAGGGAACCCCCAUCCGCGUAAGAAGGUGGCCGUGGUGGGCAGUGGUGUAGCGGGCAUCGGUGCGCUGUGGGCGUUGAACCGGAGCCCUCAUGAUGUGUACAUCUUCGAGGCCGCUGACCGCCUGGGCGGUCAUGCUAACACGGUGGAGUUCACGAGGGGAAAGUACAAGACUUUGGUCGAUGCUGGGUUUAUGGUCAUGAAUGAAGCCACAUACCCGAACUUUUUGAACUUUCUUAGGAGGAUGAAGGUGGAAACCGCGCCCACUGAGAUGUCCUUCUCGGUGUCACGAGACCAAGGGCGCUUCGAGUGGGCCAGCCUGAACAGAGAUGCGUUCUUCUGCCAGCGAAGCAACUACUUCUCACCUAGAAUGUGGAGAUUGGUCUUUGACAUUUGGCGCUUCGACAAGUUUGCACUGGACGUCUUGCGCGCCGAGAAGCCAACUGAGGAGACCAUUGGGGAGUACCUCGAGAGGGAGGGCUACUCAACCAAGUUCAAGGAUGACUAUCUCACCCCCAUCACGGCGAGUCUCUGGAACACCAGCCCGGAGAAAUGCGCACUCGACUUCCCCGUCGCCACACUCAUUCGCUUCAUGUGGAACCACCACUUCCUCGCCUCAACCUCCAAGAACCCACAAUGGCUCACCCUCAACAGCGGUUCAAAGUCCUACAUCGACGCCGUCAUGAAGGGCUUCCCAUCCAACCACGUCCGCCUCAACAGCAAGGUCAUCUCCAUCACCCCUGAGCGGGACGGCAGGUUGAGACUUCACACCCUCCAUCCAACCGGCGGCAAGUCGGAGGUAUUCGACCAUGUCAUCCUCGCCACCCACGGCGACCAAGCCCUCUCCAUCAUCCGGGACUCGGCAACCGAAGCAGAGGAUUCCAUUCUGCGAUCCUUCCAGACCUCCACGAACGAGGUCUUUUUGCAUUCUGACCUCUCCCUCAUGCCAGAGCGGUACGAAGCCUGGACAUCAUUCAACUACCUUUCCCGGUCCUCCCCCAUGACCGGCUCGGGCCACAUUGACCAGGUCUGCCUCACAUACAACAUGAACAUCCUCCAGGAAAUCCCCCGCGCGGCUUUUGGGGACGUCCUCGUCACCCUCAACCCGCUGCACAAGCCGGACCCGAAGACCAUCCAGGGGAGGUACACAUACCGGCACACAAUCUUCAACAAGUCCGUCCUCGCGGCCCAGGAACGCCUCCCCGAGAUCCAAAACACGCGCGGGAUUUCUUAUGCGGGAGCCUGGACGAGACAAGGCACCCACGAAGAUGGCUUCAGCUCCGGCCUCCGCGUGGCCGUCGAGCACCUCGGCGCGAACAUCCCCUUUGAGUUCGAGGAGUCCACCCUCGCCAGGGGGGGAAGGCCGAGGUACUCGCUCUGGGACUACGUCAUCCGGUUCCUCAUCUGGCUCGUCCAGGUCCUUUUCCUUGCCGUCAUUGACAAGAUUGCUGGUGGCCUCACCACGACCCGUCGUAGGUUGGUGUCGAGGGUGGGAGCCAAGGGCACUGCUCUGAACGGACGGGUGAAGGUUCACGAAAAGGACUUGUGA